AUGGGAAGAAAGAAGAAGAAGGUCGAUAAGCCGUGGUGCUGGUGAGUUUUCCAUCUUUUCCCCCCAUUUUUUACUGAAAAUGGGCGCGUUUCAGGUAUUGUAAUCGAGAAUUCGACGACGAGAAGAUUCUGAUUCAGCACCAGAAAGCGAAACAUUUCAAAUGCCACAUUUGCCACAAAAAGCUGUUCAGUGGACCUGGAUUGUCGAUUCAUUGCAUGCAGGUGUGUAAUUUCAUUUCUAUUCUGUUAAGAAACAGAAUAAUGCAUUAUUUUAAAGUUUUUCCGGCGGAAUUAGACAUAUUUCUCGAUUUACAGGUUCACAAGGAGACAAUCGAUAAGAUUCCGGCGGCAGUGCACGGAAGAGACAAUAUUCACGUGGAAAUCUACGGAAUGCAGGGAAUUCCAGUAGGAGCCUAUCGUGGAGGUUAGUUUUCGGGUGAUCCGGCUGGAGACUAUCGAUUUUUGUGUUGUAGCUGCCGACGAGGAGCCAGAGGAGAAGCGGUCGAGGUCGGAUCCAGCGCCGCCUCCGUUGCCGGCUCCGAUGCCGUUCCCACAACACUUCCCGUUCCCAGGGAUGCCGCCGAUGCCAUCAGGUGAGGGAAAAUCGGAAAUUUCAUGGGAAUUAUCACAAUGUGAAUUCCAGGGCCGCCGCCUCCAUCGAUGGGCUACGGAAUGCCACAGGGAAUGCAUCCAGGGAUGAUGCCGCCGCCACCCGGAAUGCCCGGAGCCUAUCCGCCCCCGCGCCAUUCAGGCUACCCACCGGCUCCGGCGCCAGGCGUCUACAUUCCGCCGCCCGGAAUGCCGGGAGCCUAUCCACCGCCGCGUCAACCGAUGGGAAUGCCAAUGGGACCGCCGAUGCCGAGGAGUCGGUUCGAUCAGCCGAACGAUGAUCGGUGGGGUGGAUCGCGGGGAGUACCUAGGACACCACCUUACGAGCACAAUGGACACGAGUCACAAGAGUACGGAGGACAUGAGGACGGAGGAUAUCAUCAAGCAGGGUACGACGAUCGGUUCAGAGAACGGGACGGACCGGCAGAUCGGGGAGGGCCCGGAGGAAGCAGAUUUGAGCCGAAGACAGAGGUGAAGACAGAGUUCGAGGUGAGAAAUGGGGAAAAGCCAUCAGAAACCAAUCUAUUCUCAUUUCAGCCGAUCGCAGCCUUAACAGCGUCUUCUGCGGCGGCGGCGGUCGCGUCGAAACUGGGCUCCCGCACCCGGAUUGUUCAUCCCGACGAUCACACGCUGUCUCUCGAGGAGCGUCGUGUCAAGAUGAUGUUCGAGAAGCGCGCGAAUCCGUAUCACUGA